AUGACAAUUGGAUUAAUAAAUGCGUUACCGAUGGUACCAGAGAUUCAUGUGGUUGCUCCAGGACCAGGUCCUUGGAUUGUUGGAAGUCAACAAACUAUUACUAAUGUGAUUGCUGCGGUUUAUAAGGUUGGAAAUGAUACACCUUUGAUUGCAAAUAACAAACCUUUGAAUACUGGAACGUCCAAAUUCUCAAUAUCCGGACCCGAUUGGUCUUUGAAAUCCACUUAUUACACUCAAAUUUGUCUCAUCAGUAUUCCUUCUUCAUUUUGUACAAAUGGAACUACUUUUCGUAUAACUAAACGUCAAUAUUCAACAUUUAAGUUGAAUACUAUUAAAAAUAAGGAAGUUGAUGUUGAAAAACGGUUCAUUCGUCGUGCUGAUCCAACCACCACUUCACCCGCUCAAGGUCCAUCAGAAACAGGUGGAUCACGUACUUCAAAUGAAUUACCGUCAAUUCCUUCAAAUUGGAGAGGACAAAUAAGUAAUCAAGUGGAAAAUUUCUUUAAUAAUAAUGAACGACCUCCAAAUAAUGGUCCUCAAAAUAAUGGACGACCUCCAAAUAAUGGUCCUCAAAAUAAUGGACGGCCUCAAAAUAAUGGUCCUUAA